CAAACCCAACCAAUGGCGAUUGGUGCAGCCAAUAUCACUUCAAUCUUCACCAACGGCUUAGUAUCGUCAUUGUUAUGGACCUCCAAUUGCCGGAGCUUAGUCACUCCUGCCACCCUUGUGCGCACGUUAGCCUCAUCUCAUGCCAAAAUUCACCGCACAAACUUGACCUGGUGUUCUUGGAAUUCUCACAACAGCAAUAAUUACAGAAGCUAUAGUUGUGAAUCCUCUGCUGCUUCAGAAGUCGCACCAAGUGUUACAACCACUUCAUCCUCUAAUGGCUAUCCUGAAUAUGGCCGUUUGCUUCCAUGUCCUCCACAAAAUAGCCCACCAAGAGUGGAACACCUUGUUGUUUCAGAAGGAGGGCCUGUUCUUGAGUAUAUUAGUAAAGCGUUGGAUCUUCCUCCUUUACCUCAUCCACUUUGGAGCUGUACAUUAUGCCCUUGUAUGUCCAGAGCCUCCUCCUAGUGCAACACCAGAGCAAAUUAGGGUGUAUAAAGCAGUAACAGCUCCAUCAGUUCUCCACAUGAGACGCUCAAUUAAAGGGAAAACUUUUCGAGAAGCACAAAAAACAUUCCGGAUAACUCGGAUCGACGAGUUUGUUGAACGUGGAAUGUACUUAAGGGUGCAUGUACACCCAAAACGCUUCCCAAGGUGCUAUGAAAUUGAUUGGAAAUCAAGAAUCAUUGCUGUAACUGAAUCCUAUGUCAUUCUGGACAAACCUGCAGCUACAUCAGUAGGAGGAACUACAGACAACAUUGAAGAAAGUUGUGCAACUUUUGCAACUCGUGCCUUGGGAUUAACAACACCAUUGAUGACGACCCAUCAAAUUGAUAAUUGCACUGAAGGCUGUGUAGUGUUAGCUAGGACUAAGGAGUACAGUUCAGUAUUUCAUGGAAAAAUCAGGGAGAAAAAGGUGAAGAAGCUUUAUCUUGCUCUUGCUGCUGCUCCUGUGCCAACUGGAGUAAUUACACAUUAUAUGCGUCCAGUUAAUAUUGCUCCAAGGCUUAUUUCAGAAGAAUUUGUUAAAGGAUGGCAGUUAUGCCAACUUGACGUCUUAGAAUGCAGGAAGGUUCCCUGGCCAAAUGCCUUAAUUGAAAAGAAAUAUGGUAUCGUGGAUUGUGGAUGGCCUUCUAAAGAUUUUGCGUAUGAAUGUAAAAUUAACCUGUUGACAGGUCGGACUCAUCAGGAAUUGGAGUUUAAGUUGCUAGAAAAGGGUGGGGUAGAGCAUUCUGUCAAACUGUCCUAUUUGGUAUUCCUUUUAUCCUUCACAGCAUGGGCAAAAUUUGUUGUGUUGACAACAUUUAGUCAUGCAAUACAGGUGCGAGUGCAAUUGGCUGCCAUCGGUGCACCAAUAGUGGGGGACUCAAGGUACAUGCCAGCUGCAAUUGCAGAGAUGUUUAGUCCUGGGCUUAAUCCAUUGGGCAAGCACAAGAAACAAUAUACAAAUGGGAUGAUAGGGCAACAGCAGUCGAAAGAGUGGAUUGCUCUCAGCAUGGAAAGGAACAUACCGAUGGUAUAG